AUGGAGCCUUGGAGUUACAAUUUAGAAGAGAAAGGCCUUAUGUUUUCCGAUGAAAUAGAUUUACAAGUCGAUGUUCGUGCUACAAGUAAAAAAUCAUCGGAAUGGGGUGAUAAGUCUACUUUUAAUUUUGAACGCAAUGGACUUGUUUCUAAUGGUGAAGCGGUUGCGAGAAUGGAAUUGGAAUUCCGUGACUUUGUGAGAAAACCUUUUCAUGGUAACCAAGGAAUGGAGAUAUUAAGUGGUGAGGUUUGCUGUAGUACUAGUAAAAGAGCAGUUUCUCCUCAGUGUAUAUUUGCUUCAAAUUCAUGUUUUGAGGAAGUGGCUUCUGAAGCAAAGCUUUCGAGUUCUGUCUUGGAAGCUAACAGCCUAAAUUCAUCACUGAUUGACUUGAAGCUGGGAAGAUUGGCUGAUUGGAAAGAUGUAGAGAAUAGCAAGAUUUUGAAAUACAGACCGGUUUUGCCGUCUGAACCACCAUCCUUGCUUACAAAGCGAGCACGCAAAACAAGUUCAUACUCUCAGACUGCCUUCUGUCAAGUCUAUGGUUGUAACAAGGAUUUGAGCUCCUCAAAGGAUUACCACAAAAGGCAUAAAGUUUGUGAUGUUCACUCCAAGACUACAAAAGUUAUAGUUAAUGGCAUUGAACAGAGGUUUUGCCAACAGUGUAGCAGGUUUCAUUUGCUGGCUGAAUUUGACGAUGGCAAGCGAAGUUGUCGUAAACGCCUAGCAGGCCACAAUGAACGUCGAAGGAAACCUCAAUUAGAUACCCUUUCUGGUAAACAUAAGCUGCUUCAAUCAUAUCAAGGCACUGGAUAUCUAGGGACUUCCUUGCCAAAGAGAACACCCUUUGUUUUCCCAGACAUUUUUCAAGCAGGCGUUGUUUAUCCAGGAAAAUCUGUACAAGCUAACGGCUUUAGACAUAUCAAAUUAGAAGGGGAGUCAUUUAACAGUCCUCAAUCAGCAAUGCCUAUCACCAGUCGGCAGUUGCUUUCGAACUCUAUUCUCCAUCUACAUGGCAUUGGGAAACAACAUUGUUUGGGACUGCCUUCAUCAGGAGCUGAAGACUGUAAUGUUACUGUUUCCACUGUACAGGAACUGUCAGAGCCCUCAAUCUCCAGUCGUGCUCUCUCUCUUCUGUCAGCUCAAUCACAAGACUUGUCAAGUCAUUUGACUGGAAUUCCAAUGGCUAGCCCCCAGAUUAUGCAAGGUGAUUCUGCCCACCAUGGUAAUGUUCAAGUUUCUGAGAAACCUCUAUGGGUAAGCUCUAUGGAACAGUAUGGACCAAAUGGACUCUAUUCAUAUGGAAUAAACUCCAUAGAAGUUGACAAGCUGGGAUCAAUAAUGUUUUCUGAUCCUAGUCAUGCUGCUGGUUUUCAAGUUCAUACUGAUGGGAUUUUUCAAGAGUCAAAGAUGCUGAAUGCCAAGUAUUGUCCUCCUGAUCAUGGAUCCACGGUUGAUUGGCUCCAAUUGUCAUCACAUCUUCAAAUGGAGCAACAAAAAAACUCCCUUCAAGUAAAGCAGGAAAAUGAGGGCUCGGGCUAUUUUCCAGCCUUUAGAGCAGUGUGCAAUCCGCAAGGUUAAGGGGAGGCGGUUGAAGACAUUCUGCAUGGAUCAGAAUACUAAGUACUAACUUCCAUUGAGCUGUUUGAAAGGUUGAUAGAAACUAUAGACACCGUAAGUAGGAACAUUCCUUUUCCCAAAAAGGCAAAUAAGAAAAAGAUUUGUGGCUCUUGCUACUGUAAAGUGAUGCUAGUUUGAAUCUGUAAGUUCCUUUUAAGUACCUUUUAUUCCCUUUAUUUCUACAAAUAUUAUGUCAAUUUAAGUAUUUUAGAUAUUAUUGAU